AUGGCCUCUGGGGAUGGCAGGAAGAAGUUAAGGAUCUACUUUCGAUGUUCCUUGGUUGGCUUUGUCAUUGGGCUGUUUGCUGGUUUCCUGGUGUCCUCUCUGGUUUGCUACUUUUUCUACCAACCCCUCAGCAAGGUCCACCUUGAGCUAGAGAACAACGGGGUAAAUCAGGGAGGAAGUAAGGAAGCAAUUCACACAGCCCAUCUCCUGCUCAACCGUACAGGUUCCCGGCAGGACGACACCCUGCAGUGGCAAGGGGGUCAGUCCCUGGGCCGCUCCUUCAUCUAUGGCUUCACUUUGGUCCAGGGUUCCUUGCAGACCCAACACAGUGGCAUUUAUGGCAUCUAUGUCCAGGUGACUCUGGCCACAUGCCGGGACACUGAGGUCACUGAUGUCAGGACCUUGACCAUUGGCAUCCUUUCUGCCCAGGGUCGCCAUUCCAGCCUCCUCCGAAGACACUUCCAGGGCAGAUGCUCGCUGAGUGCCAGCCUCCAGGUGAACCUCAGCUACCAGGACACCCUCUACGUCAAUCUCACACAUUCCCUAGUGCCUUCACCCAAUGGUGAUGAGACUUUCUUUGGAGCCUCUUGGUUAUGCCCACCUCCUCCUGUAGAAUACUGA